AUGACUGCUGGUAAGCCCGAUAUGAGUGGCACAUUUUUCUACAAAUUCCCGGUGACCCGCCAGGUAUUCUAUCGCAGCAAAUAUUGUUACGCUUUGGUCAAUUUGAAGCCUAUUGUACCAGGUCACGUUCUAGUUGUUCCUUUCCGUCAAGUUCCUCGGUUAAAAGAGCUUAGUGUCAAGGAAUCGAUCGAUCUUAUGGCUACUGUUCAGCUGAUUCAUUGUUUUAUCGAGAAAGUUUACAAGGCAGACUCACUUAAUCUCUCUAUGCAAGAUGGAAUCGGUGCCGGUCAAUCCGUUCCCCAUGUUCACUUCCAUAUCAUUCCUCGGUACUUGAAAGACGGUUACGGAGAUCAUAUAUAUGAUAUGUUGGAGCAGAACGAAGCCAAUUUGAAUGGCUUUUUCCGUAAAGUUUGCCAGGAAAGAGUCGUUGCUGCAGAUCUUGAGCGUCGUCCAAGAUCCAUGGAAGUCAUGGAGAAGGAAGCCAUCUGGCUUCACGAGGAGCUGCAAAAAUUCCUCAAGGACUAUCAUCCUGUUGAAGAACCCCCAAAAUAA